GUAGUCCUGAAUACAUAUGUAAAAGGAGAUUAAUGUUUAAAAAAUAAUAUCAGGUCGUUGUGUUUAAGAACGAAAAAUUUGUAAGCUUUCACACAUACACAGGACGAGUGCCUGACUGGUCUCCUCCAUAUAGAUCAUUUUCUCAAUCAUUUCUUUUUGGCUUGCAAAUCUAAAACUCUGUAUUAUUGGCCCCUUCGUAUAAAAAAUAAAGAUAAAACGUUAUAAUGGAUUCCCUAAGUGACAGAUUUAUAUCUUUCAUUAUCAUUGAUGCCAUAUUCAUUCGUUAACUUCUAAUAGAUCGCGGUGUGAGAUUGUGAUACCAUUGAUAGUAGUAGCCUGUAGCCUGAUAGCGUGGUAGCAUUAGACAAGAUCGAUCCACUGCAAAUCACUCCAAAGCUUGACUUGUUUAUCUUUUUUUAAUCGUUCAUCGUAAAAUUUACACUCGAAAUAAUAUCACUUCUACAUUAUGGUCUAACUUAUUGAUCUUAGAUAUUAACAGUAUCGUGUCUCGAUAGUCUCCUAUGAUUUUAAUUUUUCCUAUAAAACAUCGAUAAUUUAAAGACCUUCGGCAUUUCGGUUUCAUAGAACGAACAUGACGGUCACGGCCUUCGCUAGUCAAGCUGUUUUAAUUCCGCGGGAAAUUAUGUAUUUCGGUAGAAACAUAUCACGUCUUUAUCAUCGUCAUCAAAAACUAUGUCGCGUAAACAGUAUCCUGUUAGGAAAAUGCUUGUCUCCUCCGUUCGCCCUCGAUACAUGGACUGUACAGAGGACGUGUCAUGGGAAUAAAAGUAAAGUAGACAAUUUUCCCGGUACUUUAUCGAAACAACAAGCGAAAGAGUUGACCGCCAAGCUUACUUCGGAAGAACGUGAACACUUCUUAAGUGCUCUCCAAGAAUGUAAAUCCGAAGAAGAUAAGGCUGGAUAUCAACGCCAAUUAGCAGCCUUCCGUUGGUGUAAUGAACUUGGAAGGCCUACCAAAAUACCAUCACUAGGAGACGUUGAUGCUACAGGCAAAUAUUGUCGUGUACCCGAUGAUUGGCUUUUGCGCAAGUAUGUUGAGAAUGUUCCAGGACCAACGACGAAAAAUCUAGUAUUAGUUGCAAUUGCGAAUGCAAUUCCGUUCAUUGGGUUUGGUUUUCUUGACAACUUCAUCAUGAUUAUCGCUGGAGACCAAAUUGAAAUGAUAUUAAACAAAAAAUUUCCGAUAUCAACUAUGGCAGCCGCAGCAUUAGGAAAUACAGUUUCUGAUAUAAUAGGAAUUGGAUCUGUUCACUAUGUAGAAAUUUUUGCCCAUAAAAUUGGAUUUCAAGCACCGAAACUUACUUCUAUAGAAUUAAAUCUGCCUAAAACAAAACUAGCUGCAAAUUUGGGACGAGUUGUCGGAGUUACGAUUGGCUGUCUUAUCGGAAUGACGCCUAUUCCGCUUUUUUCGUACCUUCAUAAUGGUGGUUGAACUUGUGAGUACUAAACGCUCGAAAGUUUUAUCGUUCUCCCAAGAAUAUUAAUUCCUACCUUUGCAUCAAACAAAUAUGUAAUAGUAGAAACAACUAUCCCUUUGCAUAGUCCGUGUAACACAAAUGGAGCUUUUAUAAUUGUUUGUAAUUUUAAUUUAUGACAAUCACAGUGUUUAUGUAAUAUAGUAUAAUCUCUGUAAUAAUGAAUGUAUUUAAUGUAUGAAUAUGUAUAAAGCAAUAUAUUAUUAAAGUUG